CUUACAAAUAAUAAAAGAUUCAUAAAUAAACUUCUAUUAACAUGUGGGGCAAAUUUGAUUGUAGGAUUAAAUUGGGUUGGAAUCGAGAAUGGAGAACUUCAACCGAGGCAGAGCUUCAAUGGCCCUCCCAAAAGAUCAUAAAGAAAAGAUUCUUAUCUUCUGAUCUCCAUGUUCCCAUCAACCCUAAUCCUAAUCAAAAAAGGAUUCAUCUGAUUCCCAUUAAUCACAUCAAUCCCAUGAUCCCACUCUCAAUACUCCUCUUUCUUCAUCAAAAACCCUAAUAUUCGCAUCAUCAAUUAUGAUCAUCAACUCCUCUCCCUUCAUGAACUCCGUCCUUGUCCUUCAGAACCUUCGCAUAUUAAGUCCUGGCUUGAAUCCUUUUAAUCCUUAUUGCGUCGCUCAUCACUCUCGCUAAUUCCCCCCUUUAUAUGUCUAUUACUGCUAUGAUUUCUGUUAGUUUUCCCAUUUCUCGUUCGUUUAAUAUGUAAACACGUAAAAAUGAACAAGGUUUUGUUGUCUUGUUCCCUGCUGUUUUCUGCGAAAACAAAGAAUAGUCGUUUUGGGGAUUUGUAUUCUAGGGUUUUUUUAUUGGAUCGUCGUUUUUAUUUUGGGGUGUCGUUUUUGGGUGUUGGAUUGAGAAGAGAUGCUGGAGGCGCAACCAGUGUUGUUCAGGAGAAGCCCGUCGAGGAGGCGCAUGCUGAGGCCUGGCGUUGGUACCGACAAUAGAGGUUGGACUUCUCUUCAUGUUAAAGAAUCCCUCUUUUAUGCGGCAGGCACUACUUGGCAACUUGAACAACAAUGCCGCAUCCAAUAAAUUCAAUGUGGGAAUUGGCUCCAGCAGUUCAAGUAGUGAUUCUUCGUCGUCUAGCGAUUCAGAUUCAGCGAGUUCCUCAAGGAGUGAUUCUGUAGCAUGGCCAAUGUGCGGUGUUCUGCCGAAGAAAAUGAUUUGCUUCAUGGCUUCUUUUGAGUGUGCAACUUCAAUUCAUGGACUAGGAAAACUGCUAGAAGAGGUUUGUGGUGUGCAUUAUUAAUCAUAGACUUUAAUGUCUUCCAUUGCAGCAGGCCUUACCAAAUGUUCCACCAGCAAUGCCGAUGCCGUUAAUCGCGAAAGUGACAUUUUGCCAAAUUUUACGGUAAGAACACCAUGGAAGAUAGUUGCCAAAGAAGUAGGGAACACUUUUGGCAUCGAUUCACAAUUUCGUUAUUUCAUUGAGUGCACUAAAAAAUAGGAAAACACAUAACCCGAUUGUAUGGUGUGUGGUUAAUAGUAAAGGUGAAGCUUUUGUGAUUGAAAAAUUCUAAGAAAAGUGCGAUUUGAAUGGCUACCGAAAGAUUUGAAGUGGGUCCGACUCGGCGGUGUUAGUGGCGGCGGUGACGGAGGCGAUGAGAUAUUGAAUAGGGAAAAUUUUUUAUAUUGUUUGCGAACCAUGGAAAUAAUGGAAGAAUGCCUAACAAUAGAAGAAAACCUUGAUGAUGUCCUCAAUUCAGCGGGAUCUGGGUUCGUGAUGGGCGUAAUCGCUGGAUCCCCUUUCACUUCUCCCUUUGCAUCUCUCGAACCUAUAUUGCUACUGCUUGCCACGCCGUCCGCCUCAAUGCACCCCGCAUCGGGGCAAAGUUGUCGCCUGAUGUGCCCUCUACAAUGCCUCCCACGACACUUUAUAUUCUGUGUUUUAUUUCUAAAUAUUAUAAAUAAUUAAUUAUUAUUGUUA